GUCUUAUGAAUAUGUAUGACGCCCUUGAUAUUAAUCAAGCGUGUAAUUAAUUAACCACAGUCACACGGUGUCAUGCCGAUAUAGAAACUUUCCCAAUUUUCGGUUACCGUUAAUUUAUAGUCAGCCAUUAUUAAUUUAUUAUUAAUCAAUAACUUUCACCGUUUCGUGGUAACAAAGCUAAAGUUUAGACUUUAGCUUGCAAUUAACAGGUAUUUCCCAUUGUUUUCAUUUAUAAUAAUUUAUUAAUACCUAAAAAAAUUGACGACUAUAAAUUGUGAUACGUCUGAUGUAAUUUUUCAUAAAGCAUCUAAUUCUCGCCGCUGAGACGUGUAUAAUGAGUGUCGAAAACCAUCGGUAAGCCCCGGAGAGCUCUCACGAAAUAUUCUUUUGAUUCUGCCCUUUGAUCUCGUUGAAUAAAUUCAAGAACAUGUCUUUGAAAACCAAAUAUUUACUGAGAGUCUUCUGUAAGUACGUGUACUAUGCAGGGGCGGGCAACUGUUGGUACGAAGACAUCUACCGUGAGACGAUAUUGUACCGGCUGUAUAGUCUCAUAACAUUCUCUAUUUACACGACGAUGAUUUUCCUCGAGAAUGUGGCGGCUUUGUUCGGUACUUUCCCCGACGUGGAAAAAAAUUCAGCUGUCAUGUUCGCCGCUAUACACAACAUCGUGCUCACUAAAAUGUAUUUGCUGUUGUACCACAAGGAUUCCAUAAGGAAAUUGAAUUUUGAAAUGGCCACAGUCGGUGAGAAAUUGGAGAAGGCGGGAAACAUGAAGAAGCAGUAUAGGAAAGUGAAAUGGGGGAAUUUGUUUUAUGUAGUCUCUGUGUAUUUAUCUUUGUUCGCAUACGGGGUCGAGAGUACGCGCCGGGCGGUUGUUGACGGACGUCCAUUCUACACAGUAGUGACGUACCUUCCGAAAUACGCUGACGAAUCGGUAACGGCGGCAGGGUUCCGUAUUUUCUUCUACAUAACAUGGUUAUACAUGAUGCUACCGAUGAUGUCGGCAGACUGCCUUCCUAUCACCCAUCUUAUCACCAUGACACACAAGUUUAUCACUCUAUGUCAACACUACGAGCGGAUAAGACAGCAGUUCGACGAAGACAUUAACAUAAUACCCAAAGCGCAAGCGAUAGAGAAGUUGAAAGCGGGGUGUUUAGAAGGGAUACAGAUGCAUCAGAAGCUUAUGUUUUUGGCAGAGGAAAUACACCGUGUGUUCGGAAUCAUAAUGUCGCUGCAAGUAUGCGAGAGCUCCGCGGUAGCAGUUCUGCUUUUACUACGGCUGGCGUUAUCCCCUCACAUGGAUUUGACGAACGCCUUUAUGACGUAUACCUUCGUGGGUUCACUUUUCUACUUACAUAAACAUAAACUGCCUAUAUACGCUGUUAAUCUGUGGAACGCCGGCGAAGUGACUUACCAGGCAUCUCUCGUUUCGCCUGCUAUGUUCUAUUGUGGAUGGCAUCUCGGUGCAGUGGACAGGCACCCACAUCGAGACAUCAGACGGUUGGUUCUGAUUGGAUGUACGCAGGCGCAGAAGCCACUUAUACUCAAGGCUUUUGGCAUACAGGACUUGUCUUACGAGACUUUCGUUUCGGUUGCAAGAAUGACUUAUUCUAUAUUCGCAGUAUUUUAUCAGCGUGGAGAGUGAAUGAACAGUUCCUCGAAUACAAAUUAUGGCCCCAUUAAUGAAAUAAUUACAAGCUUUCAUUAAAUGCAUAUUAAUCAGUUCAAAAGGCCAAUUCGUGGAAUAAAGUUCGGAACAAUCGACGAAUUUUAACAAAUUUUCAUCUUCAUAAGUUAAGGAGAUGCCAACAAGUAUUGGUGUGUUUUCUUAAAAUAACUUGUUUAUCCUCGCACUAAAUUGUUCCAUUGAAAGGCAAUAAUUAUGUAAAAUUUAAACUAUUUUAAGUAUUUUGAAAUUAAAUGAAAAAUGUUCUCUUUCGAUGGUUUCUAUAGGUACGUAUACGUAGUAUUAUUACUUAUUCUAUGCUAUAGGUGAACAAUACACUAAACUUAUUUAUAUACAUACACAAAGAAACUCACAGUGUUGUCGACUUUUGAAAAAGUGCUGUUUUUGUCGUUGAU